GUCGUCUAUCGAUAACCCCCGUACCCCCGGUAUAUGGGGCUGGCACUCGCAAGCUGGGCAGAGUAGUGGAUCAACCCCCCGGGCAGCUCAAUGAGAUCCUGGGUUUUUUUAUCCCGAUGGGCUCAGGAGUAAAAAAAGGCUCAGCCCAGAAAGAGCAGAAUCCAGUAAAGGCGGUGGCACAUCCAGCUGACGGGGAAGAAGUGCAACAACCUCCCUCCUUUUUGACCCAGUCCUCCCUCACCUGCAUACCACCUGUCGUGCAUCCCGCCUUCUCGUCCAACGGCUCUCAAGAAAAGGUCCUUCCUUCUAAAUCCACUACUCAGUUUACCAGUCUCGUCUCACCUGUACGCAUUCUGGAACUCGCUGUCUCACAUUCUUACUCUCCUUGAGUCGACUUGCCUACACAGUGCUCCAUCGCCCAGCAUAAACAUCCGCAAUGUAAGGAGGGCGACUGCGACCCAGGGAGCUGAAAAGAAACAAAAGACCACCCCCGUGCUUUAAACAACCAGACGUGCAGUUUCGUCUCAGCCUAUACCUCUUCGCCAAUCUCAACCUGCAACGGCGCGCAAACAGGCUGGCUUUGCAUCUAAGCCUCUGGAUACCUACAGACUGACUUCAACGUCACACGACAGUUUCCAACGCUCUCUUCUAAAAACAACAACAACAACAAUUCCAGCUCUAGCAUUAUACUGCACAAGAAAGGACAGCACUCGCCUGCUUGGGCACAUACAGGAUAUCCCGGGAGCACCGCAUCACACCGCGCCCCACUACCAAACAUAACAUAAAGUCGACACCAUGGACACCCGCGAGAUCGACCGCCAUCCCACACCAGAGCGAACAAGGCCACCUGGGUCCAGCGCCUCCCUCCAGUCCCGCGGCACAGCAGGAAGCUCCAACACCUCCUCUUCGAACCUCCCCCACCACCGAAUCCAAAACAUACGCAGCGAUCGAGGCAAGAUGCAUGAUGCCGCAGAGCAAGGUGGGAGAGAGGGACAGGGACAGGGCGGAGACCUGCUACAGGAGAAGCUCCGCGAGAUGAAGGCGGCGAGGCUGCAUGAGCGCAGGAAGAGCAGAGAUGCCGCUGCGUAUCAGGAUAUGCAGCGGGGAUCGCAGAGUUCGCCAGCGGGCCCACGGCGGCGCGAUCAGGAAUUGGAGGCACCUGGGUCGGCGGAUCGGAGAGCUGACCGUGCGAAUGGGAAGCAGAAAUUGGGUGUCAAGGCUACGGAAGAUAGAGUUUCCGCUUUACUAAAUGAGAACUUUGAUCUCAAACUCAAAUUACACCACCGAAAGGAGCAGCAAUCGAAACUCGAAGAGCGCCUGGAGGAUUUAGAGGAGCAGGUUAAGCAACAACAUGAGCUUCAAGAUAUGAACGAGCAAUUGGUUUCUGAGCUGGCUAAGCGGGACGUGGCCAUUGAACAGGCCGUCAACGUCAUAAUCGAGCUUGAAGAGAAGGUCGACAAACUCAUGGAGGAACGAAAUGCAGUCAGGUCCCUCCAAGCAGCAACAAGUCUCUACUUGAGUGACCGCGACGACAGCACUAUCAACAGUGGAACAAACAGCGGAACAAAUAGCCAGAUCGUGGGCAGCUCGCCUCCAGACGACCCCCGGUAUCGCGCCAACUCCGACAUAACCCCCUUAGGGCACCGACGACAGGAAUCGCAUUCGAGGUCGCUCGCGAGAAUGCCCUCGUUCCUGUCUGAGCGAACUGAGGAGACGGAGGCUCUGCGCAGCCUUUACAUACCCCGUGACCAGAGUUUACCCAGACUAUCAGAAGAUAAUGGCGGAAAGGACGACAUGGCGUCUGAACUGGAUGGAAUGAACAGCCCCCGCCUGAGCGUCCUGAGCGAGAGCUCGUUUAUAAGUGUGUAUGGGGCGAAGAGCAAUGGCCAGGAUCUGGACAGCCUGGACUUGGAAUAUGAGAACUUGGAUUCGCCCGAGCCAAACCGCUUUAUGAACGCCACAUCCGUGGACCAAUGGGUCGGAGACGGCCUCAAAAAUGCAAACCCGAUGGGGCGAAAAUCAUCUGGGCGAGUUCCGGGUGUUGUUGCCGUAGGACAAUUCCUAUCUAUGAACGACGUCGUGAAGUCGCCGCUCCAGCGACUCGAGAAGCUCCAGCGCAUUGUUGAGAGGCGUAAUGGGCCGGCCAUUGCAGCUCGCCUCAUGCAAAAUACGUCGGAUCACAAACCAAAUGAUCCGCCGAGGUCUGUGCCUGCGAAGCCGGACAGCAUUCGGAGAACGGACUUGGAGUCUUUCGAGCAACGCGCCCUGCCUCCCACGCCAGACACCUUCAGCACCAACUCGCUACAGCAGUACAAGAAUUCAAAUUCAACCGAUACCCUCAACGCCGACGCGACUAGCUUCGUGUCCAGAAAGACACAGGAACACGAUGAUAACAGGCCUUACCUGAGCCGUGCCCAGACCAGCCCUGAGUACGACCUAGCCCGACUCCGUCGCCCCCGCAGCGCCGCCGAGACCAUCACGAGCCGCCGCGACGGACAUGGCUGGGACACUGCGACUCAGAGCGAAGUCACAGAGACGAACUCUGACAUCGCCAGUGAGGCAACAAGCACCAUGGACCCCUGGGUAUCAGCAGCACGAGAGAACCUUCGACCGGUCACAUUCCGCGCACCAGAGAUGUUCUCCUUCGGCGAGGACUACAAGAAAGACUGGGGCCGCGACGUGAUGUUCAACCGCCGCGACGACGACAUCCCCAUCCGCUCGCGCAAACCCCUCGACGCCUCCAACCCCCGUGCCGAGGACAUCACACCCACUAUCUACCGCUACGAGCGCUCCGCAAGCGGCUACAUCAAAGACCCGCAAGCCUCCCUCGCCGCCCAAAUCGAAAACUCAUACCAUCCCGCGCCCCCGGAGCGCCGCUCCUCCCUCGCUAACCCUGGCUCCCCAGCAGGUAACGAGAAACGCCUCCGUCGCCUCCAAGCUGCGCGCGCUGAAGCAGAUGCGCCAGAGCCGCCGCCUCAUGGACCUAAGGCGUCGCCGCAGAAGACUAUAGAGGAGCCGCAAAAGCGCGGCUUGUUUAAGAUGCUCGGCCUAGGCCGCUCGGUAUCAGCGGCUGUUUCGCAGAUGCCACCACCGGCUUUCAUGCGUGGGAGUAGUGAACAACCCCCUAUCACUACCAAGGAUAUAUCGGCUCCCAAACGCAUCACGGUCGUUGAAGACAUCCGUGAUGCCUCUGCUACCCCGCCACCUAUCUCGCGCUACCCGCGCGGACGCGCUACAGCUGACGCCCCGAGGCCGUCGACGUCGCAUAGUAUGGAGUCCCGCGGCCCGAGCAGCAGGGUGCAUUGGGAGCGGAGGCUGAGUACGGGUGCGAGUCCGACUGAUGGGGGUGAGGGGACGGGAAUCCUGGAGACGGGGAUGGGGGGGAGGGAUAUUAGGGAUACGGCCAGUACGAGGACGAGGAGGUGGUAUGCCCUUGGACGGGUGGGGAGUUUGAGGAGGUAG